AUGGCACAGUACCAGCAGCAGCUUGCUACGUCAUAUAAUCAGCGUGUUCAACUACGCCGCUACACACCAGGAGAGUUGGUCCUGAAGAAAGUGCUUCCAGCUGGCAAGAAUCCAGCCGACGGAAAAUUGGGUCCUAACUGGGACGGCCCUUAUCAGAUCGACUCAGUCGUGGGAGUAAGGGCAUAUCAGCUUAAAGACAUUGGCAGCAAGCAUUUUUCAGCAGAGAAUUGGAGGCAACGAUCCUUGAGAAGGUUGGGAACGUCAUCGCCUUCAUCAAGGAAGCCAAACACGUUGACGAAGUCAUUUGUGCCCUCCACUCCCUCGUCAUCCUUCUCUUCCCUCCUCUCGACUCACAACAUGCCCUCUCAGGUAGCAUUGAUCAACAGUAUAGAGAUCAGGUGCUUAGUGCCAAAGUCCCUUCUGAACUGGAGAGGAGUGAAUGUUGGAGGGUAUUCUAUCAAGGUGCUGCAUUUCCUACUCUGGCUAGGGCUUUGUUAUAUGGUAAGUUGAUUGUCAUAUUGAAAACAGCUAACCCCCAUAAAUAAUAAA